AAAAACAAUUUUUUAAAAAAUGGAAUCAGAAUCAACUGUUUCUCCUCCUCCCCCACGUCUUUGGUCUUUUUCAAGUGUUCGAUUAGCUAUAGCAAUUUCUUUAGCACUUUCACUUGCAAUUGAAGGUUUAAUGAGGAGUAAUAUAAAUAUGGCAAUGGUUUGUAUGGUUAAUAGAACAGCAAUUUUAGAAGAAGAAUUUAAAUUAAAUAAUUAUUUUAAUAAUUCUUUAAAAAUUGAAGAAAAACAAAUUUUAAAAGAAAUACAAAAUGAAUGUAAAAAUUCUUUUGAAAAAGAAAAUAAAAGUGUUAUUGGUGGAGAUUUAAUAAUUACAAAACAACAACAAUCUUUAAUUUUUACUUCUUUUUAUUUGGGUGGUUUUAUUAUAAUUUUACCUGGGUCAUUUCUUUGUGAUUGGUUAGGUCCAACUCAAUUAGUAUUUCAUGGGGCUUUGUUGAAUGUACUUUUAUAACACCUUUUAUUGCACGCCAAAUGAAACCAAUGGCUUUGGCUUUUGUCCGCUUUUUGAUGGGCUGUGGACAGGGUAUAUUAGUCCCUUGUGUUAAUGUUCUUAUAGCUCAUUGGUUUCCACUUGCUGAAAAAAGUACAGCGAUAGCAAUAUCCACAACAGGUAAUCAAAUUUCUGUUAUUAUUGCAAUGUUUUUAACUGCUGAACUUUGUGUUUUGGAAUUGUUGGGUGGUUGGGCAUCG